AUGUUCACAAGGAUUUUCCUUUCUGCAGAUUCUGAAACAUCGUUUCUACAAAUCACGAUACCACAGAAGAUUUGGACAAACAGGUCCGAUGGCGAUGAACCAGAAAUGCAUGUUACAUAUGCCAUUAAAUUUGACAGGAAAAUAUAUACUAUUCAUCUUAAAAAACAGUCAUUUUUAGACCCUGAUUUUCUUGUGUAUUUAUACAACACAUCAGGAAUAUUGUACCCAGAUUUUUCAUUUAUGAAGGGCCACUGUUUUUAUCAAGGAUACGUUGCAGAGAUUCCAGAAUCUGUUGUGACACUUAGCAUCUGUUCGGGACUUAGGGGAUUAUUGCAGUUGGAGAAUUUCAGUUACGGAAUCGAACCAUUGGAAUUUGCAAGUACAUAUGAGCAUAUGCUUUAUCAAAUAAAUGAUAAUAAAAUUGAUUACCCUCACUUAAAAGAAAAUUACCCUAGGACUGAGUUGGCAGAGAAGCCCUAUAGAAUUUUUGUGAAAUCAGAAAAAAAUUCUGAAGUUGCACUAAUUCAAAGAAUUCUGAAAAUACAAGUCAUUAUGGAUAAAGCCUUGUAUAAUUAUAUGGGCGCUGAAGUGACAGUUGCAACUGAGAAAAUUAUCCAUAUCUUUAGUCUUAUCAACUCUAUGUUUUCCCAGCUUAAUAUGACUGUUAUGCUAUCUUCCUUGGAGAUCUGGUCUCAUAAAAAUAAGAUAUUAUCUGAUGGGCCUGCUGAUGAAGUGCUACGAAGAUUUGUGUCAUGGAAAGAAAAGGUUUUGUUUCAAAAGUCCAAUCAUAUGGCAUACUUAUUAAUUUAUAGGGAUGAUCCUAGUCAUGUGGGAACAAUCUAUCAUGGAAAAGUGUGUGAUCCAAAGUUUGCAGCAGGAAUUGCUCUGUACCCAAAGAUGAUAACUUCAGAGGCAUUUUCAGUUGUUAUGGCACAGUUGCUUGGAGUCAAUUUGGGCUUAACAUAUGAUGACAUCUAUAAUUGUGACUGUCCAGGAAGUAUAUGCAUAAUGAAUCCUGAGGCAAUACAUUCCCAUGGAGUAAAGUUUUUUAGCAGUUGCAGCAUAGAUGAAUUUAAACAUGCAGUUACACAACCUGAAUUUGAAUGUCUUCAAAAGCAAACUGUUUCAACAGUGGUUCUCCAAGGAAAACUGUCCAUUUGUGGAAAUGGAAUUUUGGAACCACAAGAGCAAUGUGAUUGUGGCACGGUAGAGAAUUGCACUCAUAAAAAAUGCUGUCACCCUGAAGAUUGUAGUCUAACUAAUAUGGCAGAGUGUGGCAGUGGAGUAUGCUGUGAUAAAAAGACUUGUCUAGUAUCUCCAAGAGGACGUGUAUGUAGGAAAAGCACAAAUCAAUGUGAUUUUACAGAAUUUUGCAAUGGAAUAUCUGAGUUUUGUGUACCUGAUGUUAAAUCUUAUGAUUUCGAGCCAUGCGAAAAUGAAACUGCCUAUUGCUAUGGUGGAAUAUGCAGAGAUCGAGAUGCACAAUGUAUAGAGCUAUUUGGAAAAUUCGCUAAGGUUUCUUCCAGUUUAUGCACCCAGGAAGUGAAUUUUUUAUCUGACGCCUUUGGAAGUUGUAAAAAAGAAAACCUAUGUAAUUUUGAGAACAUCUUGUGUGGAAAAUUAACUUGUCACUGGACACAUACACAGAUAGUACAAUCAACAGAAUUUGAUGUUCAGUAUACUUAUCUUGGUGGUCAGAUAUGCAUGUCUGGAAGUACAAGAGAUAAAAGAGUACCUGAACAUUUAGAUAGAACUUUUACAGCAGAUGGCACUAUGUGUGAUAAUAAAAAAGGCCAUGUGGACACUGGUGUCCACUGGUAUGAUUUGUGUGUGCUUUUACUGGGAUAUGCAUGGAUUUGCCUGGAUCCUGGACUGCUUUGA